AUGUCGACACACGCGACUUUGAGUCAUGAACCCGCUCCGGGGCCGAGCGAGCUCUUCGUUGAAGAAAAGGGGUUCAAGAUAUUGGCGUUUGGUUGGCUGAGCCCCAAUGGCCUGAACCACUUCAGAGGAGGGCCUCUCUUCUUGGCCCAACCAUCAACCUACCACGAUCCACAACCCACGGUCAGUGCAGUCAACAGUCAACGUUCAGCGGGCAAAGCUAACCUUGAAGGCGAACCCAUGCGGAGUGGGGGCUCGCAUCCUCGUCCAGCCGCCGGUGGUGGUGUACAAUUUCAGGUGGUUGUCGAAGGACAGGAUGCGAACCAGGUCGGUGAGCUGAAAGAGAAGAAAGAGGAGAUGGCGAAAGGUGACCAGAGAGAGGAUCCCCCGACUACUAAAGUGCUAACAGUAGUGUCGCCUAUAUUACACUUUAACAAAGGCCUUACAAUUCCGGCGAGUUUCACUGUCAACAGGCUUGACCAUCCGAACCGGACUGCAGCCUCAAAGUCGCCCGGUCUUCAUCAACAACCUUUCCCUCUUUGCCGCAGCAGAACUCUUGCCCGAGUCGGCAGGAUCCCACUCUCGUUUAGCCCCCAUCGGCCGGAUGCUUGUCCAGCCGUCUCAAGCACCUGCGAGCACAAGCCGACCUGCCGAAAUCAACUUUAUUCUCUCCCUCCUCUUCUUCUAUCUACCUCAGGCGAAUCGGGCUUGGCCGACCAGACCCUGCUUCUCUACACCUCCUGA